AUGCAAUCACCCAUAGCCAGGGAACGAUUACUCGCAACAACAGAUCACCUUAUCAGGGCCGAUCGAAAUUUAAGCGAUCGUCAACAAUCAUGGAUCCACCCUCGUUUAAUCCAGAGCGUGGACCCGAUCAAGGGCCGUCAGCUCCGAGUCUCCCAACCCGUGCGAAAGGGUGAAUUAUUGCUUGUGGACCUGCCCUAUGCGCUUAUCCCGGUCGUCGAUUGUCCGGAACAAAGCGAAGAUAUUCGUUGUAGCAAUCCUGCUUGUCAUAGACGUGUUGCUCAGACCGUAGAGCGCGUAUCUUGUCCGAACCGAUGCUCGGCCGAUGUGGUCUGGUGCAAUCCAUCGUGUCGGGAUGCCGACAGUAUCCGCCAUCAAUUCGAAUGCACCUGGUUAAGGAAAUAUGCCACCUCAAUACGCUCCAAAUGGGGCGAGUAUGACUUCGGUAUGCUGUGGUUAAUUGUGCGCAUCCUGGCCAACCGGCAUGUGGAAUUUCGGAAUACACCCUCAAGCGACAAAACCGGUUCGGACUUUUCGAAUCCUAGUUCUUUCGAGACAGGUUGGAACGCUAUCCGCUCGUUCUGCGGGUCUCAAGAUACCUGGGGUCAUUCCCAAGUGCGACAUUGGACCAUGUUGGUCAAGAAAUAUCUGGGAAGCAGCGAUUCCCUAUCACAUGGCUUGAGUUCCAGCGAUGUGCUGGAUUUAAUUUGUCAAGAAGAGGCCAAUUCAUUUGGCUUGUACCCUAGGGAGACCGGGGCUUUUCCCCUCCCGGAGCUUGCAGUCGAUCGCGGAGAGCAGUUCGGGGCUGGCGUAUACCCGACUGCAGCUCUCGCGAAUCACUCUUGCUCUCCGAAUAUAAUACAUAAACCCGAUAGCCAAAGCCGAAUGGUCUUCGUCGCUUCGAAGGACAUUGCUACCGGCGAGGAGUGCUGUAUAUCCUACUUCGAUCUGACGAAGAAGGUCGAACUCAAAGAUCGACGACACCACCUUCGAGAGUCGUUCCUCUUUGUUUGCAAGUGCGAUAGAUGUGUCUCGGAGGAACCUCCUAAGGAGGAGGUGCAGUGGGAUGAAUUCCCGUUGAUGGAGGAUUUUUAA